AUGACGGCCGUUCUAUCACGGCGCUCCUCACCUUCGCCUCCUACAGCACCCGAAUCCGCGAGACACGAAUCGGCGCCUCCUAGCCAUACAAUGCUCCCGCCUCUGAAUACAAAUCCUCCGCCGAGACGUCCGAGCCCCAGUCCAGUGCGACAGUCUCCCACUCCGAGGGCACGUAUGUCGACCUUUUCAUCCCUUUCCGGCCCUCUCUAUGACCUGUCCAGACCUGGGUCCCAUGUUUUUCCUGCAUUUCAUUCGAGUCUGCCGUACGCCUUGGUCCGAGAUUUUGCUUAUCCAUCAAUACAUCCCCUUCAUUACGGCCCUCAGCCGGAAGAACUCUCUUCUGGUCAAUCUACACCUAUUGACGAACCGUAUCGAAGGCUAUCCGACCCAGCCCCGUCCUCAUGGGACGAUGCAAAGGGGAAUUGGUCAACGGGUUCAUGGGGAGACGAAAGCUAUCCGGGAAGCGAACAGCUUCCAGCAACUUCUUUUCAUGAUGGGCCUCCAUGGAGCGAAGACGAAGAUCUCCAUAGCCCUGUCGUUGUGAGCUCUCGGCAUAGGAAACAGAAAUCGUCCACAGACCACGGGGGACCUCGCGGAGAAGGUCAUUUCGACGAUGACGUGUAUGGUUUGUAUGCAGGAACACAUAAAGACGGCAGUGAAACAUACUACGUUCGCGAAGCAGACGAAGCUGCAGGUGGACCUGGCGGAGAAUUCAUCACGUAUCCUCCGGAACAGUCAUAUGAUUCGAGCUCUCAUCGCAUGUCAACAAAGAGAGAUUCGCAUUUUGCUGCCUUGCUCCCAAACCGUUCUUAUUCUCACCCAGACCAGCUUGAUGACGAUAUUUCCGAAUCCGAUGAGUCGCCCUUUAUGUACCGUGAUGACGAUUCUCGAUAUUCGAAAGACUAUCAGUUUACAAUAGCUUCUCCUGACGAAGAGAUGCAUGGGAAGGCCGUUGCAUUGUUUGACUUCACGCGGGAAAAUGAUAAUGAGCUUCCCCUCGUUGAGGGCCAGGUGAUAUUGGUCUCCUAUAGGCAUGGGCAGGGAUGGCUCGUCGCAGAAGAUCCCAGAUCUGGAGAGAGUGGCCUGGUUCCAGAGGAAUACGUCCGUCUAUUACGUGAUAUCGAAGGCGGGUGGAGUAGCUUAAAUGGUGACUUUGAUAUGGAAGGGGACGCUAUGAGCCCAAUGGACCCUGAACCCCAGUCUACCAGCCCCCCACCCCAGAAGGAGCAGCAUAUUAGGGGCCAUGUCGGCAAUGACGGUAGUUCAUAUCAGCAUCCUCCAACGGUGUCGACGUUUUCGACGUCCUCAAAAGAUUUCAACCCUUACCCACCUCAUCUCCUCGGCACCCAAUCUGGGCAGACACCCCCCUUGAUUGACCGAAAUGGUUCCCAUCAUACGCCUGCGGGUUCAAUCUCUGCAGAGGAUUCUGGGUCGAGCCUCGAUGAUGCAAUGAACGAAAUGAACUUUUCACAGAGCCCGCCGGACGAGAGCGGCGCUGAAACUCCAACCGAAACCAAGCAUUAG